AUGUUCUCUGCUCCUCUGGAGAACACCAUGCUUUGCAACAUGGGAGGUUCACACGAGAAAGCGAGAGCACGAGAGAAUGAGAGAAUGAGAGAGAGAGAGCGUGGAAAAGAGCAAAGAACUUAUUUUGCCACUGGCUCUUUGGCGCGGUGCCAAGCUGGGAGCGUGCGCCGCGCACCGGGAACGAGGCGACACCCAGGGUCAUCAACCGUUCAAGGUUUCGGUACUGUUGUGUCUCUCGAGGCGAACAAGGAGAUGAAGAAAGAGGAGACGUUUUUUUUUGCCUCUCUAUUUCUCUAUCGUCUCGGCGGCCCUUUGACUGGUACUGUCGGGUACGCAAAUAAAACGACCGGUAGGUGA